ACAAUACGAAAAAUAAAUAAUAAUAAGCCGAUUUACGUGUUUUAAUAUACGCAGAAAGGUGGACAAAAUUGUGGCCUUUGUAAAACAAAACUUAUCUUUGCAGAUGUACCUGAAGAAAGGAGUUCCCAAAUAAAAGUCGAGGUCGAGUUGGCACAAGAAGAUAAACAAAAGCUAAAGAAAGAUCGAACCAUUGACAAAAAUGAGAAUUUAGCUAAGAAGAAGGGAAGUUCCCAAAGCAAAGGGCUAACUAAAAAGUCUGUAGCUAAGAGUGACACAACCAGAAAACCUAAUGAGUUUGAUUUGCAUAUCCAGAAUCUCCGUACGAUAAUGAGGUGCUCGAACGCCACGCCUUUAAGACUGCACGGCAAGUGGUACACCUGCUGCUGUUGCCCUGAACGGUUCGAUGAUACGGCGGCUCUGAAAAGGCAUACCGCAGAGAAACACCCCACUGGACAAAACGCUUAUUUUGGCCGGGAUAUCGCGCAACUAAUAAUAAGAGUGGAUAUAACAGACCUGCAAUGCAAAAUUUGCCAGUGCGAAGUUCACAGCAUCGAGAAGUUAAUGGAGCAUUUAAAAAAGGAACAUUCAGAAACGAUACAUACGUUUGAUAAAAACUACAUGGUACCCUUUAGAUUCGACACUAACAGAACAGACCUGAAAUGCGUGAACUGCGAUCAUGAAUUCCACAAUUUUAAAACGUUGGUUCAUCAUAUGAACAUACACAUCCCUAAUUUCGUAUGUAACACCUGCGGCAGCGGAUACGUAAACCAGAGGAGUUUGCAAAACCACGUCCGACAACACGCGAACGGAGAGCAUAAAUGCGAGACAUGUCAGCGAGUUUUCAAUAACGACCUCAAAUUGAAAGAGCACGAGAAAUCCGUACAUCUAGGGUUCAACAAACGUAACAAGUGCGAUUACUGCGACGAGCGCUUCAACGGGACUAUAGCCAAAAAUAUCCAUAUGGUAAAUGUCCACGGCAAACCCGCAAUUGAGAUCAGGUGUCCGGCGUGUGAAAAGGCUUUUAAAAGCCAUAAAUACCUCGCCAUCCACAAGCGGACCUUUCAUAUGAUGGAGAAACGGCACAAGUGUUCUGAAUGUGACAAAAUGUUUUUCUCCACGCCCGAGGUAAAGAACCAUAUGCUGACGCACACAGGGCAGAGAGACUUUCACUGUGUGAUCUGUAACAAAUCGUACGGAAGGAAGAGCACGCUGAGAGAGCAUAUGAGGAUACACGCAGACGAUCGCCGGUUUAAAUGUGAAUACUGUGAAAUGACGUUUGUGCAGAAAUGUAGCUGGAGGGGGCACAUGAGAUCUAAACACGGGGAGGAAGUGUAAAUUGCUUUGAUUUUGUAUUGA